GCCCGUUUCGUGUAACGCCGCCGACAUAGGAAAAUUUCUUUUUCCCUCGGGCAGCAAGCUCUCAAUUGUAUUCUGAUUAUAGUUGUUCCUUACAGCGUUAAUCGCUGUUAAUUGUCUCAUUUCGGUGCGAUUUUUUUGCAGCUAUAAAUUUACCCGCCAGCAGCUACCGGAUCGUCAGUAUUAUUCGCAAGUCUAACAAAUCGCACGCGUGAAAGGUUCGAAAAGUUAGUUUUCUAAAAUGAAACUCACUCUAGUGCUUCUGUUCGUUGGCCUGAUUUGUGCUGUAUAUGCCCAGGAUGCCACCAAGGAUGCUAAGGAUGCAGCUGAUAAAGCAAAGACUGAAGCGCCCGAUGCGUCCAAGCUAGGAAAGGAUGCUACGACAACUCCGGAUCCGAAGGAUGCCUCCAAAAAGGCGGAUGAUGCCUCCGGUAAGGGUAAAGAUGCUGCUGCCAAGGCAAAGGAUGAUCUCUCCGCAGCUGGUAAGAAGUUACAGGAUAGUUUCAAACUGUGAGAGCUUUGCUAGUUUUUAACCUAUGAAGAAAGAGGAAAAGUGGCAGCAAUGAUAAUGUGAUCUGCAAUAGCAAUAAAAACAAAUAACAAUCA